AUGAAAUAAACAAAAAAGAGAGUUAGCUAUAUAAAAAAUUAAAAACCUACAAACAUUGAAUGGAUCCUCAAUCUCUUAGAUUAAAUACCUAAAUAUUAGCUAUAGUAAUCGAAUAUGAAGAAAAUAUAAGCUAUUUAAUUGAACAAACUUCAGGAUUGUGAUUAAUUGCUUAAAUCAAGCUUAUACACAUAUGAUAACAAAAUCAAUAAAUUCACCUAAAUGUAAUUUACUCUCUAUCCUAAUAUGCUUAUUGCGGAUAAUUAAGAAUACUUAGUAUUGUCAUCUUGCAUCAUGAAUAAGAAAAUAAUCUAGUAUAAAGAAUUUACAGCAUAAGGUUUGUAAUUACUAAAUAGUUAAGGCAAUCUAUUCUUAUUUUAUGAGUCUUAUGUCUAAUAACUUAAUGUAAGAAACCUUUUAUUUAUUCUUAGUGGGAAAAACAAUUGAAGAGAUUUUCAAAACUAUAAAAUUUUUCCAAUAAAUACACAAUUCAAGAAAAACUUUCUAUAUAAAAUCAUUAUGCUUGUGUUAAAAAUAAAAAUAGUAAAUCUUUUAUAUCAAAAUAGAUCGCGUUUACACAGUUUAAUUAAUAAGAUUGUCAAGUUUAAGUGAAUAAUUAUAUGAAGCUUUGAUGAAUGAAAUAAACAUAUUAAUGUGCUUCAAAUAAAAUGGAUUACAUUAAUUUCAUGCUUUAUUUGAAGAUGGUGAUAUUCUCUAUAUAUUAUAUGAUUAUUGGGUAGGUGAUACAUUAUAUAAAUUAAUUCAAUAAGGUUUCAAAUUAACUGCUUCUUAGAUCGCAUAAAUUAUUUUCUAAAUCAUUAAAGUCAUACGCUUUUUACAUUAAAAUAAUCUCUAUCAUGGAGCUAUUUUACCAACCAAUAUUAUUUUACAUAGAGCUACUACUCUAUAAAAUCAAUAAGGAUAAUAGUUGAAAAUUACUUUAUUUAAUUUUGCUUAUAGAGAUGCAAAUUAAUAUAAUUUAAGUUGGCUAAAUAAGAAAGUACCUAAAUAAUGGAUUCCUCCUGAAUUUAACAAUUUACAAAUCAAAACUGAUUUUUCAAAUAUUGAUGGAUAUUAAAUAGGAGUUCUCUUGUAUUAUUUGACUUUUCAUAACAAUACUGCAAAUAAAUCAUCAUUAUCUUUUUAUAAAUCACUUGAUAACUUUAAAAUUGAUUAUUAAUGGUUAAAGUCAAUUAAAUAAGAAUAAUAAUAAGAGUAUUCUUUCUCUCUCAUUGAAUUACUCUGUGGUUUGCUUGAUCCUGAUUUCUAAAAUAGAAUUACUUUGAAUAAUGCAUUAGCACAUUAAUGGUUAACUAAUUAGAGAUAGAAAUUAAAUUCUUAAAAUGAGAAACCUAAAAUCUUACCAUCUUUAAGGACUAUUUUAGAAUUGAGAGAACAAAGUUCUUGCGAGAUGCUAUCAUCUAGACUUGGUAAGGAAGAACUUCAUGUUACUAGUUCAAGUGAAGACGACAUAGAGUUUUGUGAUGAUGAAUACGUACAUAGAAUUUCAAAAGAAAAUAAUAAAAUACCAUAUUAUUAGAAUAUACUCAAUUUGAUUCCAAACAAACAUCCAUCUAGAAAUAAAUAAAUUAUAGAUCAAUGUUAAGAGAGUUAAUUUUGAUUAAAAAUCUAUAUAUUUUUAUAAACAAUAAUUUUGAUAUGAUAAUUUAAAUAAUAAAUAGGAAUAAAAAUAUGUUAUGUGAAAUCUUGCUGUGUUGUUCAUGGUUGUGCAAUGAAAUAUAUUCUUUAGAUUUUGAGUAAUCUUGCAUAUAUAAAAUUGAAAGUUGUGGUUAUUGAUAAUAAGGCUAUUAAUCCUGAUAGUAUUUUUGUUAUUAUAAUAUUGGAAGGGAAGAAUAAAAUAUAGUGUAUUUAUUUCUCCUAUAUUGAUCAUUUCACUGAACAUAUUAUGUAAGAAUAAAAAUGAUUAAAAUAGAAUUAUUGGAGAACUACGAUAAGUAUUCGUUCAUAACAUUCGUAGUACCAAUAAUGAUAUAUAAAUAGGAUGAGAAAGAGAAAUAAGUGAACCGAUAUUUGAUGCUGAUGAAAGUGUUUCAUAUGUUUUUGUUGAUGUUAUACUACUGUUUGUAAGAGAUUGAGAAUGGUUAGGCAGUGAUAUAAUUUUUGAUAGUAACAUUAAUGUUGCUAGUGAAAAAUUAUAAUGAGGAGAGAAGAGUGAAUUAGAACAAUACAUCAAUAAUGGAGGAGACAAUUAAUUUGAGGACAUAAACAGAAUAUGAGAAGAUUAAUGAUAUAACAAAUGGGAUAGUAGGAGUUAUAAAAUUAGAUGAAUAAUUUGAAAUAAUUUACUAGAAUAAAAAGUCAAGUUAUAUAUUAUCUAAUAAAUCAAUAAAUGAAGUGAUAACGCAAUCGCCAAUUUUGAUAGAUAAAUAAACAAAAUAAUUGUUGUAAGAAUAAUGCAACAUUAAAUUAUAAUCGAUAUAAGAUUUUAGAGAUUCUUUGACUUUAUUAUCAUUAAAGGAAUUAUUAGAAAGUAUAAAAUUAAAUUUGACUCUUCCUCAUUAAUUGGAUGUAUAUAUUUUACAAGGUUUUGAAGAAUAAUUUUUUUAAAUUUUGGUAUAGAAAGAGAAUGGAGAUAAAACAUCAUACAAUAUAAUAUUAUAAGAGUUACCUGAUUAUGCUCAUUAUAUAAAGAAGAAACAUGCAUAAACAACAAUGAAAUAAUUAUUUAAGAGUUUCAGUCAUGAAUUGAAUACAUCAUUGAAUUAUAUAUUAGCUUUAGCUUAAGUAGCAUAAUGUCAUGAGAAUGUUCCUAAAAAUGUAUCUGAAAAGUAUUUCCUACCUAUUUUACAUUGCGGAAGAAUAAUGCAUAGUUUGAUUAGUGAUAUAAUGGAUUAUAAUUUAAUUUUAAGCAAAUAGUUUAAUGUAGAAGUAAGCAAUUUCAAUAUUCCAUAAUUGAUAAGUGAAGUCAUAGAUCUAUUUAAAUAUUAAAUAAAUUAGAAGCAUUUGAAAAUUGAAUUCUAAAAUAAUUUAUUAAAUUAUGAUUUAGUUAGUGAUAGAAAUAGAAUAAGAUAGAUUUUAAUUAAUCUGAUAUCUAAUGCUUAGAAAUUUACAUUUUCUGGUUAGAUUAGAAUUUAAGUCGGAGCAGUCAUAAAUAAGAAAUAAUUAUGUGUGAUUUUUCAUGUAUUUGAUACAGGAAUAGGAAUGAAAUAAGAAGAGGUAGAAAGAUUACAUUAAUUAUUAUCAUCAGGUAUUCCAUAAUCUGCAAGAAUCUCUUAAAAUACAGUAGGUUUUGGUUUAGGAUUAUAUAUAUCAAAUAAGAUUGCAGAAGUAUUAAGUUAAACAAGAUAUGAAAAAGGAGGAGGAUUAAGAUUUGAAUCUAAAUAUCAAUAAGGAUUUCAUGCUUGGUUUAUGGCUCGGAAUUAAUCAUAUAGUCCUAUCUAUUAAUAGAGUAAUCCUACUCCAAUUGUACGUAUUCGUAAGAAGAUUCAAAUUGAUACAAUGGAAUCCUAAAUCAGUAGAAUUAAUGCUUAACCUAUGAGAUAAAAGUUUUCUUAAAUUCUAGGAAUUAAAGAUGUUAAAUCAGAAAGAGGAUUGAGUAAAGAAUUAUCACUCAAAUUGAGGAAACCAGCAUCUAAAAUUGCAAGAGAAUUAUUCCUGGCUGCUAUUACUUCUGAAAGAAAAAUUGAAUCAUAUAGUAUUAAUUAAGAAACCAAUGAUUUAGAAUUUGAAUCUAGAAUCAAACAUCUUAAUGAUAAUUUUACUAAUAAACAUUAGUGCAAUUGUCCAUAAAUCUUAAUUGUAGAUGACGAAUAAAUCAAUAUUAUGGCUUUAUCAAUGAUGCUAGAUCAGAUGGGAUACUCCAGUGAUUCAGUCUUUAAUGGAGAAGAAUGUGUUAAUCUCAUAUUCAAUAAUCAAAAAAAGAGUAAUCUUUUAUCAUACUCUAGCUAAAUGUAAUAAAUGCAAGUCUCAAAUUUAUAGAAUGAUCUUUAUGGAUAUCAAUAUGCCUAUCUUAGAUGGAAUACAAACUACUGUCAAAAUCAAAUCCAAAUAUUCCAAUAUUAUUGUUAUUGCUUGCACUGCUUUCUCUGAUACAGAAACUAGAAAUAUCUGCUACAAAAGUGGAAUGAGCUAUCAUAUCUAAAAACCAGUCAAAAAAGAUUAACUCAUUGAAAUACUAUCUUAUUAUUUAAAUUGA